AUGGUCGCCAAUCUCCAACGCGUAAAAGGAACUAUUUUCUCGAUCUCUUUGUGUUUUAUUGCCACUGUAGUGGUCGCGCAGUAUGACAACUACAACUUUAGACAUUUCCCACAAGAGGAGCUCAUUCCCAUCGAGUCUGCGUAUGCAAAAGGCUUGGACAAGUAUGCUUCAGAAAAUUGGACGCACUGUAUCAAAUUCAUUGAAUUAAGUUUACGCCUGCAUCGGCUUCUGAAAGACAGCGUGACAUACUGCAUACAAAACUGUAAUGCCAGUCAUGUACAGUUACAGGAGCCUGUCAUGGCCAGCAGCACCGGGGAUAUGCAGAUCUUCUGGCGCAUUUUGAUGCGGGCAUCAUGUCUGAAAAAGUGCAGGACACACUUCCCUGCGCUCGCGCUCCCUUACCCUAGAAAAGAGGUGAUGGAUGAUUUCGAUAAUAGGUCGCCCUACCGUUACAUGUACUUUGCUUAUGUCCAGAUGGAUGACCUCCAGAAGGCGUUGGCGUCAGCCCACACCUACCUACAGAGAAACCCAGAGGACCCGGUCAUGACACAGCACAUGAACCAAUACAAAAGAGAGUUUGACUUGGCGGGCUAUCUCAUUGACCACGAGGAACGCCCCUAUGAGGUUAGCUUCCUGAAAGCGGUCACCUUGUUCAACUCAGAGGACUUCAGCAGCAGUAUCAGUCACAUGGAGCAGGCCCUCAGCCAGUACCUCCAGCAGUACAGCCUGUGUCAGGCCAUGUGCCAGGGGGCCUGCGACGCCGACCUCCCCCAAACUAAAGACCUGUACCCCACACUGGCAGAUGCCUAUGUUGAUGCACUGAGAUGCGAGGUGAAGUGUGAGGAAAACCUAAUGCCAAAUGUUGGCGGCUACUUUGUGGAGAAAUUCAUCGCCACUAUGUAUCACUACCUGCAAUUUGCUUAUUAUAAGUUAAAUGAUGCCCGCAGUGCGGCCCCCUGUGCGUCCAGCUACGGGCUCUUUGACCCUGAGGACAAGGUCAUGAGGCAGAAUAUGUUAUACUACCAGUCUUACAGAGAGCAGUGGGGCCUGGAUGACCACAGCUUCACACCCAGGGUGGAAGCAUUGAGGUACUACAACCAUACCACCUUGCUGAAACAGAUGCUGGCAUUUGCAGAGAACUACUUGCAGUCUGAUGAGGAAUUUUUGGGUCCGGAAGAAGCUGCCAUGGAGGACUCCUCUGAUGUUGAGUUUGAAGGGCUUGGAGACUAUCAGGAAUCAAUCCUGGCUAGAUGGUCACAACCCACAGCUAAAGGGGACGUUGGUGAUUCCUAA